CAUCAGUUUGCAUCAGUAACCCAACUUAUACACAACAUGUUGCUGUUGGAUAUUUGCAUCUAUGCCAGCCUCAUGCUGUCCCUCCCUCAGUGCACAUAUCAAUCGUGCAGAGAGGGGACACCCAGACAGUGCGUAGAAGCAGAAUUUGCUCCAGGUACUAAUUUAGCCGGCGAAGGCUUUGAUAUCACCAAAAUGGAGCGCAAGGGAGCCUUUGUGCUUAACAUGAAUCAGUGGAAACGCAAAGACAAAACCUGCACAAUUUGUAACAACCCCUAUCUGGAGAACAAAAAGCAAAAGCUCCCCUUAUCGGUGGUGGACUGGAGAACAAAGCAGUCCUGCAGCAGGAGAGUGACCAGUACACUCCACCGAUCCAGUGAGUCUCUCGUCAGUUCUAGCUCCUCUUCUGUGGAAAACAACUGGCAGGCCAGUUUAGAUGUUAACGCGGCUGGAAGGGGUGGCUCAUUGAUGUUAGCUGGUACAAAUUCUAAACUGGCUGAAUACUCCAUGGAAAAAACAAAGAAUGACAAGUUCAGCUUCACUAGCCAAAGCAUGUCCUGUGAGUACUACAGCUACAGAGUGUCUAGCACUCCCAGGUUGCACAGAGAAUUUCAAAAGGCAGUGAAACAGCUCCCCAAAAUCUACAGCCCUGAGUUCAAGCAACGAUUUUACAAACUGAUUGACAACUUCGGAACCCAUUACAUCACCAAGGUGAAGUUGGGAGGAAGUGUUCAAUCUGUGACCAGCAUCAGGGAGUGCAAGGCCAACCUAGAAGGCCUCAGUGUGGAGGAGGUGCAGAUGUGCCUGGAAGUUGAGGCGUCCGCCAGCAUCCAAGCUGAAGCAAAAAUUCAAGCACAACACUGCAAGAAGGACAUGGACCGGAUGGAAAGUAAGGCAUCUUUCUCCGGCCUCUUCAAUGACAGGUUCACAGAAAUAAAGGGGGGCCAUACCACAGAGCCAGACCUUCUCUUCUCUGCUGACAAAGAUCCAUCAGCCUACAAAGAAUGGCUGAACUCGCUACCACAGAACCCUGACAUAGUCUCAUAUUCCCUCGACUCUCUGCAUGAGUUACUGCCUACUAACACCCCUGCACGGAAGAACCUGCGCUCAGCUAUCAGCCAUUACAUCCUGGAGAAAGCUCUGUGGAAGAACUGUAGCGAACGCUGUCAGGCUGGGAGGAAGAGCAACCCGACAGAUAGCUGCGUCUGCCAAUGCCACAAUGACCCUGCUGUAAACCAAGACUGCUGCCCCACCCUUAAGGGCAUGGCACGGGUCAUCAUUACUGUACAACGAGCUUCUGAUCUUUGGGGAGAUACCACCACAGCCACAGAUGGCUAUGUCAAAGUGUCCUUCAACGGGCAAAUUGUCCACCGUACUCCUGUCAUAUACAACAACAACUACCCGCGCUGGGCUGCGACAGUCGACCUGGGAACCCGGGAUUUAUCCUCAGGACAUAAAGUGAGAUUUGAAGUGUGGGAUGAGGACAACAAGUGGGACGACGACCUGUUGGGAGACUGUGAGCAAGGUCUGUCUGCUGGAGUCAAGGAGGAUCUCUGUAACCUGCAACAUGGCAAGCUGUUCUUCAAAUUGGAUGUGACAUGCGCUCCGAGUUUGAGUGGAGAUACAUGCAAAGACUAUAAAGCCUCGCCUAUGAGUCAAAGUCUGAAGAAGCUGUAUGUGUCCCGUCAUGCACAUCUUGUUCCAAAGGCCGUCCUCUUAGAGAUGGGUGUGUUUGUGGAUGAAACAAGCUCACAGAGAAACCAGAGUCUUACUGCCCAGAGCCAAAAGUUUGAUUUGAUGUGACCCCCAUGCUUGGCUUUACUGAUACUUCCAUAGCAACAUUACUCUUUUUAUUAGCUGAGGUUAAUAGAGGUUAAUUGAGGCUAAUCCUUUUAUCCGCAUACAACAUCCCUCAUUAAAUCUCUACUAAUCAAAAAAAAUGAGGAGUAUGACUGUUCGGGAGGAAUGUUUUAUGUAUUGACAGAGCAGGUGCAACUCAAUUAUAGAAAAUGUUCCUUAUAUUCAGCGCUUGUUUCAGUUUAAUUUACAUUUAAGUCUUAAACUUGUAGUUGCAAAGUUUGUAGUUUCUCUGAAUGAUUUAAGUUUUACUAUAGUUAGUGUAGGCCCUCAUUAGUAAAAGAUCCAAAUGACUGAAAUCCAAUCGUAAAAUGUUUUUAAAAUAUCUAAAAUAUGAACAAAAUUAGAGGCAGACAUGACACUGUUUGUAUAUCUGUUUUUUAUGCUGUAUCUGUGUAUUUGAAUCACAUAACACCCAUUGUACUUAAAACAUGGCUAAAGCAUUAUGCAGUAGUUGUGUAAAAGUUCUUGCAGCUGUCAAAAUGAGUUUUAUUAAAUGCAGUGUUUACUUACAAACGUACGCCUUUUUUACAUACUUCCACAUAAAAACAUAUUUGCAUAUUCUAUGUCUCGCACUUUUUUGUAGCAUAUUAUUAUAUAUACAAACAUUUAUAACGUACUAGUGUGUCUGAUGUAUUUUAUUAUUUUUGGCUUUUUUGCUUAUGUUUGUUUAUCCUGAAUAAAAACAUAAUA